UAGUGGUGCGUGUUCCUUUAUCGUAGAACACAGAGAGAAUUUACAGAAAAUCCUAAUACAUAUUGUAAUAUAGUGAAUUGUACUUUUUUUAAAAAAGAAGCACCCCGGGGGAAAAGGAUUGAACCAUCAUUAUUCACAUUCUAAAUAAAAUGUUAAAUACACUGGAAAAGAAUGGAAUACACAGUUAUGCUUAUAAGAAUACUGAUUUAUUUUCAACAAGUAAUGAUUUCACAAGACUGUUCAGUUUACUCCUGCUCCAACAACAACAACAGCAACAGCAACAAGAGCAGCAGCAGCACUUAAAACUCACUGAUGAAGAAAUCCACCAAAAACCUGCUGAUCAGACAACAACAACAACAAAAACAGUUCCCAUGGAGAAUUCCUUGAUUUAUAACUUCUUGUGCAGAACGUCAACGACGCACACUGACGAAGUGUAUCAUCAGAAGGAGAGCCUGCUACAAGAGAAAACGAAACAACUGAAAUUUGGGAUUGAUACAAUACUUGGUUGUGUUGACAGAAGUCAAAAUCAACCCGCGAAGAGUUUAGCUGAGAUAGCGAAUCACUUGAAGAAGAAGAGGCUACUUGAAAUGCGAACUGAGCAGUUGUCGGUGAAAACUAUUAGUAAUACAGUGACAGUCAAUGAAACGUCUAUUUCUACGAAUAUAUCUCCUAAUGAAAAUCAAUUUCUGGUGAAUAGUGGUAUUAAUAAUGAUAAUAAUACAUCGACAAAUAUGAUGUUGCCUACACCUGAGAUUAUUAAACAAAUGUCGGUUAGUCUGUUGAGCCGCCAACAGUCGUCGACAACAACAUCCUUCUCAUCAGCCUAUCCCAAUCUACAAGACCACCAACAGUAUUCACCAGCCUUGUGUAUACAGCCUCCACCCCCACUGCCACUGCCACUGCCAUAUCUUUCACAUGGUCCAUUCCCUUUCAUCGCUAAAGUAACAACUGCAUCAGAGUCGUCAAGUUCAUCAUCAUCAGUAUCAUCAACAACAUCAUCGUCGUCAUAUUUAUCACCAACACUGUCUAAAGAACAAGUCAGUUUAUUAAAUGAAUCCCCAAUAAAAAAAUCAUGGACAAAUAAUUCACAGCUUUUCAGUGAUUUAAAACAACCGCCAGAAUCACAAACACCUGAUUUAAACAAAUUAGAUCUUGGCUAUUUAUCGAAUGAUGCAGGUGUAAAUGUAAUUAAAACUUCGCUAACCCUUGAUUUGUUAAAAAGUAUCGGUCCCGUUGAGUUUAUCAAUAAUGGAGCUGGAAUUAAAAAUCCUCUGGCAUGCAGUACAAAAUUCGAAAGGGAGUGGUUAAAUCGGCUCUAUGCUUCCCAAAUAGGCCCAAAUGAAUAUGUCUGUAAAGCGUGCGGAAAACAUUUUCAAAUAUUACGCCUUCUAACAAGACAUAUAAAAUGUCACAGUCAACUGCACAGGUAUUUAUGUAAAUUUUGCUUUAAAGGAUUCAAUGAUACCUUCGAUUUGAAACGUCAUACCAGAACGCAUACAGGUGUUCGUCCCUACAGAUGUCCAGAUUGUACAAAAGCAUUUACUCAACGUUGUUCCCUAGAAGCACAUGGUCGUAAAGUUCAUGGACGUCCAUUACAGUAUGCUUUCAAAGAACGUAGAGACAAGUUGUAUGUAUGCGAAGAAUGCGGUUUCAGUACAACAGACGCUGAAACUCUACGUCAGCACACGCAGACAGUACAUCUGGCAAUGAAACAACCGAUUGAACAAAUCGCAGCUUCCACGCCUACAAAUCUGCUUAAUUUAUUUCCAAGCUAAUCUCCGACAUCAGAAACUAGUAUACAGAGUGCAUAAUUAUGGUUGCAUGCCAUACCAUACCACAUCACACAGCAGUAAUUAAAAUAAUAUAGUCAGUAAUACUUCAGUGAUCCUUCUAACUACUCUGUUUAACCGAUACACUAAUUCCGUGUCCCCUAGCAAUAAAAACAAUUGACUGUCAGGGGUUUACGAGUGGUUAGUUAAACAAAAAACAAAACAGAAAA